UUAAUAUCCUUGCCCCUGCAUUGACUGACUCCAACUAUAUACUCACCCAAGUUUCCAUUACUUUUUCUAUUUCCUUCCACUACUUGUACAUAAAUACACACACCCCUUCUCAUCAUUUUUUUCUAACCACACACAAAAUGAAUCAUCUUCAUUCCUUACCUUAUGCUAACACCUUACUCUAUAGUUCUUCCCUAGGUUUGGAUUAUCAUAACCUUGGACUUGUCAAUUCAGACAACAACAUGUCUAUAAUUAUGGAUGGAAGUGCGGCUUCAUUUUCAACUCAAGAGUCUGAUUUUUCAACUGGUUAUUUAGAAGAUGCUUUGGUUGAGUUUGGUGAAAAUUCUAAACGUAGACGUUUGCUGUCAUAUACUGAUACUACUGAUGAUGAACAAAGCAAGAGUACUAUUACUACUACUUCCAUUGAUGAUUUUGAUAAGAAUUUCUGGAAUUUUAACCAUAUAUGGAACCAACCAGUUGAGAAUUUCUACUGCAUGGAUCAGAUUGAAAGAAUUUGUGGAUUUUCAGAUGAGCAUAUAAGUCCAUUAAGGAGUAGAAUCAAUGAGCAACAAAACAUUCUCCUAGAAGACACUAAAACAACAGAAGAAACAAUAUCAGCUUCUGAAUCUCCAAAUUCAUCCUCAUCUUCAUACAAAGAAUCAUUACCAAAAACCAGCAGAGACACCCCACUUGGAAGUAGUAAUAGUAAUGAAGAGAUGAUGUUGAGAAAGAAGAGAGUAUCAAGAAGUACAACAAGAGUGGUGUAUCCAUUUGCACUAGUAAAACCAGGAGGAGAAGAAGACGAAGUGACACUAAAUGACAUAAACGAAAGGAUGUUAAUGGCACCAACAAGACCAGUAAGGCAUCCAGUUGGUGACUUUGCAUGUCGGCCAUGCGUAUCUGCAACAGGUCCAGGCCUUUCAGGGAAAGCAGUGGUGGCCCUUACAAGAAUCCACACUCAAGGUAGAAGAGGCACCAUCACUAUUAUCAGAACCAAAGACUAGUUCACAAAAAAAUGUGAAUUGUUUUCAUCUUAUGGCUUAUUUAGCUUUUACUACUUGUAUUGUUGUAGCAGCUUUUUCAGCCUCGUUGUUUUGCUUUGUUUUCAUGUCCUUAAUUGUAAAGAUGGAUAGUGAUAUAUAAUAUAUGUAAUAUAUUUUUGUAUAAUAUAUAGUUUCAUUUUAUGUGUU